UCUAGCCACAAGCUUAUAGCUCGAGCACAGCUCCUGAAGUGUCUUCUGACCGAACUAGCCUUUGGAGGGCACAAGACAGACGGAGGCCUCAGUCUGGAGGGCAGAGCCGACCAUGUCUCCCUUUCUUCGGAUCGGGUUGUCGAACUUUGACAGCGGUCCCUACCUGCCUUCGCAAGGCGACGUGAUCGAUCCAUACUGCGCUGUAAUGGUCAAAGAAGCAGUGGAAGCUGAGAAUGGCCAGGUGUACCUCCAGAAGAAGCCCACCAUGUACCCCCCUUGGAACAGUACUUUUGAUGCACACAUCCACAAGGGACGGGUCAUGCACAUCAUUGUGAAGGACAAGAGUGCUGAGAUGGUGUCUGAAACGACGGUUGAACUCAACGUAGUUGCGGACAAGUGUAAAAAGAAUAAUGGGAAAACGGAAAUCUGGCUAGAACUGAAGCCCCAGGGCAGAAUGCUAAUGAAUGCAAGAUACUUCCUGGAAACCAGUGAUGCUUCCAGAUUCAUUGACUGUGAAAAGGAAGGCUUCUUCUCUCUGCAUCAGCGCCGAGGGGCUAUCAAGCAAGCCAAGAUCCACAACGUCAAGUGCCACGAGUUCUCCGCCACCUUCUUCCCCCAGCCCACGUUCUGCUCCGUCUGUCAUGAUUUUGUCUGGGGUCUUAACAAGCAAGGCUAUCAAUGCAGGCAAUGCAAUGCUGCCAUUCACAAGAAGUGCAUUGAUAAAAUAAUUGCAAAGUGUACAGGAUCGGCAAUCAACAGCAGAGAAACCAUGUUCCACAAGGAGAGGUUUAAGAUCGACAUGCCCCACCGGUUUAAAGUCUACAACUACAAAAGCCCGACCUUCUGCGAUCACUGUGGCACGCUGCUCUGGGGCCUUGCGAGGCAGGGAUUGAAAUGCGACGCCUGUGCCAUGAACGUCCACCACAAGUGCCAAACCAAAGUGGCAAACUUAUGUGGUGUAAACCAGAAGCUGAUGGCUGAAGCGUUGGCACUUAUCGAGAGUGCGCAGCAGGCUCGACAUUUGCGUGAUCCAGAGCAGAUUAUGCGAGAAGGGCCACUUGAAAUUCUCUCCCCUGACAAAGAUGCGUCUGCCGCCCCUUCAGUGCCAGGCCUGCCAGGGGGGAAAAAAGAACCUCAAGGCGUCUCCUGGGAAUCUCCAAUAGAAGAUGGAAUGAGCCCCGAUGCUCCAACGGUACCAGAACCGAGGAUAGAUCUGCCAAAAUUAGGCAUAGAUGAUUUUGUCUUGCACAAAAUGUUGGGGAAAGGAAGUUUCGGCAAGGUCUUCCUUGCGGAACUGAAAGCCUCCAGCCAAUUUUUUGCCUUGAAAGCGCUGAAGAAGGACGUGGUGCUGAUGGAUGACGACGUCGAAUGUACCAUGGUGGAAAAGCGGGUCCUCUCGCUUGCGUGGGAACACCCCUUCCUCACCCACGUCUUUUGCACAUUCCAAACCAAGGAAAACCUCUUCUUUGUAAUGGAAUAUCUCAACGGGGGAGAUCUGAUGUUUCAUAUUCAAAUCUGCCACAAGUUUGACAUGAGCCGAGCAAGGUUCUACGCUGCUGAAAUUAUUUGUGGGUUGCAAUUCCUUCAUUCCAAAGGAAUCAUAUACAGAGACCUAAAGCUUGAUAAUGUUCUCUUAGACAAGGAAGGACACAUCAAGAUUGCUGACUUUGGGAUGUGCAAGGAGAACAUAUUUGGAAAUGACAAGACAAGCACGUUCUGCGGAACUCCCGACUAUAUUGCACCUGAGAUUCUCUUGGGACAGAAAUACAACAUGUCUGUAGACUGGUGGUCCUUUGGCGUCCUCUUAUAUGAAAUGCUGAUUGGCCAGUCACCAUUCCACGGCCAGGAUGAAGAGGAACUUUUUCAGUCGAUCCGCAUGGAUAGCCCAUUCUAUCCUCGCUGGCUUGACACCUAUGCAAGAGACCUUUUAGUGAAGCUUUUUGUAAGAGAACCGGAGAGGAGGCUGGGAACGAAAGGCAACAUCCGCCAGCAUGCCUUUUUCCAGGAAAUCGACUGGGUAGCUCUGGAAGGAAGAGCGGUGGAACCCCCUUUCAGGCCCAGAGUGAAAUCACCAGGUGAUUGCAGCAAUUUUGACACAGAAUUUCUGAACGAGAAACCCCGGCUGUCGUAUGGAGAUGGAGCUCUCAUUAACAGCAUGGACCAAAACAUGUUCAGGAACUUUUCGUUUACCAACCCCAUCAUGGAGAAGCUGAUGCCCUGACAACCUGAGCUUGAAGAGUUGCUAGCUGAAAAGAAUCUACACGUCGGUUGAACUCGUUCUUCUCUUCUCCUGAAGGCUGGGAGGUGGAACUUAAUCGUAGCUCCAGACAGAAAUCAGGGUGGCCAACUUCUAGGGGGGGCCUGGAGAUCUCCCGAAAUUAUAACUGAUCUCCUGACUACAGAGAACAGUUUCCCUGGAGAAAAAUGGCUGCUUUGGAGGGUGGAUUCUAUGACAUUAUACCCCACUGGGGUUCUUCCUCUUCCCAAAUCCCACCACCCCCAAGUUUCAACCCCAAAUCUCCAGGAAUUUCCCCUCCUGGAGUUGGCAGCCCUAGCAGUAAUACUCAGUCUGAAAGCAUUCAUCUUGAUCUACCCCACAGUGUAUUCUCUGUGUUUCCCUUAGUUUAACAUGUGAACUGGGAUGGAUCCUGCUUCAGAUCUCUUCUUACCAAUAAGGGGCCAUAGCUCCACUGUAGAGAAUAUGUUUUGCAGGCAGAAGGUUACAAAUUUCAUGCUUGCAAAGUGCAGGCACUAAGAAAGACUUCUCUCUGCCAGUGCUGGAAUGGAAGCUGCAAGAUCUGAGUACAAAUCUGUUUGGGUGAUCUUGGGCCGCUCACAGUCUCUCAGCCUAACCUACCUCACAGGGUUGUUGUGAGGAAAAAUGGGGAAAGGAGAACCAGUUGAGCCGCCCUGAGCGUUGUGGAGGAAGGGAUGGAUAAAUAAGGUUGCCCACCUCCAGAGAUCUCCCAGAAUUACAGCUGAUUUCCAGACUACAGAGAUGAGUUCCCUUGGAGAAAAUGGCUGCUUUAGAGGGUGGAUUCUCCAAACUCCUUCCUCUUCAAGCACCCCCUCCAAAUUUCCUAACACAGAGUUGACAACCCUAGCAUUAUAUGGCUCUGAGGUCCCUCCCCUCCCCAAACCCAACCCUCCUCAGGUUCCACCCCAAGUCUCCAGGUAUUUCCCAUCUGGGAGCUGGCAUGCAACCCUCUGCCAGUUAGAGAAGACAAUACUGCUAGAAAGGUCUGAGGCAGUUUCAUAUCUUCACUCAAUAGCCUUAAACAAGCUUUUCUCUCCAUUCCAGCCAUCUGUAAUAUUUAUUACUAGCUUGAUACCUGUGCUUUGCUAUGAUAUUUAACUACUUUCCCUUACCUGAUUUUUACCUCAGAACACAGAGUUCCACAGUUGACCAAUCAGAGGGGGGGGGUGCAAGAAGGCAGGAGCCUGCCAGCCACACAGGAAAGCCAGGCCCCCCAGGGAGAUUGGCAACCCUAGUGAACUUGGAGGGGAAAACUGGCAGGUGCAUUUGACCUCAGGACACAUUCAAUGACUCCCAAAAGCAACUGCAGACUGUUUAGAAUGUGGGGAGUGAGGAGGACUAAUCAGGCCACAUAUGCAAAUGACCUCUGUGAUCCAACUGUCUCGGAGGGGGGGAAGAGGUGUGGAAUGUUGUGAGCCCCAAUCAGCCUGCAUAUGCAAAUGACCUUGAAAGGCUGGCCCAAUCAGGGAAGAGUGGUGGAGCUGGCAGUGGGCGGGGUCGCAAGCAGGCAGCAGCCUACCAGCCACAGAGGGAAGCUGUAUCCCUUUGGGAAAACACAUUUGACCCCUUUAUACCCCCUUAGAGGGCGAUUUUCUUAAAAUCCCUUCUUAGUGGGUGUUUGCAUUAUGAAAGGAAUGUUCUCCCCAAAUUUGGGCUGGGCGUUGAUGAGUUAGUCAGGAGGACACUAGUCUUUAUAUAUAUAGAUUAGAGCUGGUGUAGUUAGUACAUCAGUAUAGGACCUGGGACAACUAGGUUUGAAUUCUCAUGCAACCAUGGAAGCUCACCACGUCACCUUGGGCCUGUCACAUCUCUCAGCCUAAUCAGCCCCCACAAUGUUGUUGUUGUGGGGAUAAGGUGGAAGAAGGAGAACUGAUAUGAUAAGCCACUUUGGGACCUGAUCAAAGAGAAAAAAAUGUAAAAGCAUACAUUUCAAAAAUAAUAUUAAUUGUAUCCUGCCCUUCUAGCCAAAAAACAGACCCUUGAGUGAAAUGGCAUCAAAGUAGGAAAAAAAUUAAGUUAGGGUUGCCAGCUCCAGGUUGGGAAAUUCCUGGAGAAUUUGUGGGUAGAGCUUGGAGAGGGCAGGGUUUGGGUAGGGGAGAAACCUCAACAGGGCAUAAUGCCAUACAGUCUGCCCUCCAACACAGCUCUUUUUUCCAGACAAAUUGGUCUCUAUGGCCUAGAGAUCAGUUACAAUUCCAGGAGAUCUCGAGCCACCACCUGGAGGUUGGCAACCUAAAUUAAGUGCUUCAGAAGACCUCAAUAUUGCAAUAAAAUCACACACAGUUAAAAAAGCUUACAAUUUCUCAGUUUAUGAGCCUGAAUGAAAACACCAUUCAAGAUACAGAGCCAACCUCAGAAGAAGAAACUCACCACCAUAACCAGCAAAGGCCUCCGAAAAAGACCAUAUUUAGCAUAAGACAGAACUACAACAAAGAUGGGGUGAAGCAGGCUUCUCUUGGGAGAGGUUUUCAGCACUUCAAGACCCUCUUGCUCAUAACUACCCACCAUUCUCCAGGUACUGCGGGCAUAGGGUGGAAGGCCUCCAGGGAUCGUCUUAGUGCCCAGCCAAUUCAACAUGGGCAUCAGUGAACUUUGAGACACUGUGGUCAUGGUGUCCACCAGUGUUUCCAGGGGCCUACUUAUUUCUCCCUCAAAGCAAAAAGCCAGUCCUGGCACUCUUCCACCUCACUGGAGAAGUGUUUCAGAAGAACCCAGCCAGUGGGCAUCACCUUUGUGCCUUCAGGGCACACCCUUUUGGAAUUAACUGCUUCUGUCACAAGACAGUGUUUAGAAUAUUGUAAUGUUUUCUAGAGCCUUCUAAUGUUUUGUGAUUAGACCCAGCCAUUAAGGCAGCCAUUUUAUGGUCAGCCACAUGUCCAUGGCAGCCAUUUUGUUGUGGCCUUACUAGGUUUUCUCAGAAUUCCAAGAGUUCAACAAGGUUGGAAGUCCCCUGCAAUAGGGCUUUAAAGAUUGUCCUUUGAAGUGGGCCUAGAAACUAAUAGGCAACCAAAAUAUAUUAAAUAAAAUAGCCAAUGUACUCUACCAAUAUUGUAGCAGGCACAUUUUGGACUUCUUGGUGGGGGGGAGGGGGGGAUGGAUACUGACUGUCUUAUCCUCCAAUCCCCUGAUACUUGAUGACCCAACCCUGUUGAGAGGUACCACACACAACACACACAUUGCACUGUCCCAACCCUCAAGGAUUUUUGUUGCAAAUCAGCUUUCCAUCUGGUCUCCCCUCAGCUUAACAAUGGGAACUGUAUUUGUACGUUUAAGCCCUAGAGUUGCCAACCUCCAGGUGGGGGCUGGAAUUGUCCCGGAAUGCCCGCUAAUCUCCAGACUAGCAAACUCAGUUCCCUUGGAGGAAAUGGCAGCUUUGGGUGGCAGGACACCCUUGAUGAGAUCCCUCCCCUUCACAAGCCCCAUCCCCAAAUCUCCAGAAAUAUCCCAAGCUGAAGGUGGCAACCCUAAACCCUUAAAUGGCCAGGUCUCCCAUUUUUGCAGAAGACCUGUUGCCAUGGUGGCCUGCUGCCUCUCAGUAAAGAGGAAAUGGGGGGUACGAAUAAACAUUGUGGCAAUGCUGCAAUGUCACGUCCAGCGCAAAUCCAGCAGUGAUGUCAUUGCAUCGGCAUAGCACUCUAGGAUUUCACCCAAAUUCUAUGGUUUUUGUAUUUGUUUUGCCAUAGAGUUUUGGUGGCAUCCUAGAGUGAUACACCGACAUGAUGGUGUCACUUCCAGGUUCAUGCCAGAAGUGACGUAGUGGCAUUACCAUGACGCCUAUUUGCAUAUCUCUGUCUCUUAAACUUUCCACUCAUUGCCAGCGCUGAGCUGAUAACCCUACACUCGAGUGACCCUAGUUGAAUAGGUAUCCGUUGGUUUUUUUUCAGCACGUAGAAUACCUGUCUGAGCAUUAUACCUCAGAUAAUGUCAGGGUGUUGAUUUAGAACUGUUAAUAUGUUUUUUUUUAAUGCAUGUGAUGUUUGUACAGGUUAAUAAAAUGUUUUCCACAGAAA